UUCAGUUUCAGUUUAUGCUUGUUGAUUUCUGAAGAGGAGUUUUUUAUUAGAGUAAUAUGAAAAUAAUCUCGUAUUUGCGAAUUCAAUCAUUAUAAGUUUCACCGUAAAGCAAAUAAAAACUGCUGCCAUCAUUCAAAAGUGGCUUAAUCUUGAACUAGAAAGACCCGUUCACUGUGCUGAGAGUUCAGACGAAGUAAAAUAAAAAAUUGGAAUUAUUAAUUUAUAUUUCUUGUACGAUUUUUAACCCAAUCGGUGAAAAAUGAGUCAAAAAAAUAAAGUGUGUAUAGAACUUACAUUUUCGAAAACAACCAGUGAUAGUGAAGCCAGAAAGGUCAGAGAGUUUUGGAAAUUGAUUGAUUCUCAAAAUGAACUACAACCUUAUGAAGUAGAGAAAAAUGUAAAAAGUCCGAAGUUAUCAGACAAAGAUGACAAGUCAGAUUACAGCUCACCAAUAGGAGAAAAUGUUGAAAACUUAGAAAAUUUAUCAAAUUGUGCUUCUGCAAAAAAUAAGAGAUUUUGGUACGAUGAGCUGCGAUUAUUUCAAGCCCUUGGCUUGGAUAAAUUUGCUCUUUCCACAUGUAAACAAACAGAUUUUGAAGCUUCCAGAAAAGAAGACGAAAGUUUAAUUUUAUCCGAUAUGGUCGAUCAGUCUUACGAAGAAGUCGAAGCAGAUCUGAAGAAUUUCGAAAGACGUCUAAAUAAUAAAAAACCAAAUUAA